AUGGGAGUGCUGACAGCCUGGCAAGUGCUGCUCUACAACGGCAAUAUAGAGUCUGAUGCAGAGAUCCAGGAUCUCAUAACUUUAAAUCGGUUGGAUGAGAUCCUGAUAGUGAAGAAAUCAUCGGGGGUACGUGUGGGAUCUGAUCCAAACUCCCUACGAGAAGAGGUCGUGAGAGAGCUGUGGAUCGAGCGAAUCCGUCAAGCGCAGGACGAGGAGUCAUGGAUCAUGGGCUUGAAGAAGCAUUUGGUCGGGGAGAUCCGGGAUCUGACUCAGGAAGCGGCUAAGAUGUUUGGACCUAUUGCUAUGAAUUAUGGAGUGGAUCAGUGGGAUCUACUCUUCUAUUGCCCGGCAACUAAGGAAACUGCCGCUGAUCGAGAUAAGCUGAUGCGACUAGUGAUACCUGAAACUCUUCAACAGGACAUUUUGCACACUAUCAUACGAGCCUACAGGGUGGUCAUCAAGGGGUCGGUCGCAUCUACGAUCGGAUCCGUGAUCACUUCCACUGGAGAGGUCUGUAUAAGAGUGUACAGCGAUACGUGGGGGAAUGUGUCGACUGUGAAACAGGCAAGGGAAGACCUCGGAUCCAGGGCGAAUCACCCGAUUAUUGCCAUGGAUCAUAUACCUUCACUAUCUAGAUCCUUCAACGGCAACACUGAAUUGCUGAUUUUCGUGGAUCUAUUCUCGGGAUAUGUGAUCGCCAAAACCAGCGCCUCUAGAUCCGCUCAAACAAUCGCUGAGACUUACGAAGAAUGCGUCUUCCGUCGACUUAGCGCGAGCGAGGUGAUCCGACACGAUCGGGAGCCAGGAUUUAUGUCUGAUUUCUUUAAGUCGUUCAAUAAGAUCCUGGGACAACGCCAACGGGCUACUAUGGCGUAUCGGCCCCAAGCUAAUGGUUCUCUCAAACAUCAACGAGAUUGGGACGAAUAUGCUGAACGACUCACCUUCGCCAUCAACACUGCAAGGGAUCGGAUCCGAGGCGAAACGCCUUUCUACAUGAUACAUGACUGGGAUCCUAGAUCUGCCCUGGAAGCUGUGAUCCCGGUGGGGAGUACUCGCAGGUACGAUCGAGAUCCGAGAAGAUGGCGAUAUCGAAUGCAAAAGUAUUAUCAACAGGCCAGAGAACAAGUGAGCCAACGUCUACGUGAGCCGAUCGCGGAUCGGGCCGAUACGCAUAAUGAUCUAGCACGACCUCAUCCUGUAGAGUCUGGAUCAAGGGUCUGGCUAUACCUAGAUCGUCUGGCGCACUUAUGGCAUGGUCCAUUCCGCGUUGCCAAGAAGAUCGGGGAAUACGCCGUGAGGUUGGAGGUAGCAGGAUCCACAUACAGCAUUUUCCCGGUGGUGCAUGUGUCGAAGAUCAAACUGGUCAAGGUAUUCCCAGAUCAACUCGUAGCUCGUCUGAACGGGUCAGAAGGAGAUCGGGUGGAUUUUGAUGAAGCUCUCCUACCUGAAGACAGCUGGAUUCAAGAUCGGGAUCCAGAUGAAUUCGAAGUGGAGCGGAUUUCUGAUACGAGGACUGGCAAGAAGACUAGAUAUGGCCGGAUCUAUCGAGAAUUUCUAGUACAUUGGCGUGGAUAUGAAGAUCCGACCUGGGUGGAUGAGGCAGAUUUCAACUGCGGUGCUCUUCUCUAUGAGUUCUUGCGAGAUCGUGCCAAUUGCAACCGUUUCGGUGUGAUGCAGUCUCACGAGGAACCGUGA